AUGGUGCUAUCGCACACCCGGCGGACGCAUCCCGCCACCGCAAUGGCGCUCCCUUUCAUGACACCUUCCCCUGGGAUCAACUACAACUUUGUGGCUGGCUCUUACCUUGUGUGUUCGUUGAUACUGGUCGUCCUCUUGGCAUUGGAUAAGUUCUUGCACGUGGAAGCGGUGGAGGGAUCCUGGGUAGUCUUCGCGCCGUUCCUCCCAUGCCUGGCGUGGGCGUUGGUGAUACGGUCCAAGUGGCUUGCAACAGGCGGUGGUAGUAGUAGUAGCAGCACCAGCACCAGCACCAGCAAUCACGUCAAAGACGACUGAUCCAGGACCAGACGUACGUUGGUAGCUUUUUGACGACGAGCCGGGGUUGCACGUGUUAUACUACUGCCGUAGGCGGGAGAGGACACGUAUUUGUGUACAAUGGCGUGUUUUUAUGUUCCCUGCCUGCUGGGAGCUUCGGAAGUUGUUGUUGUAGAUGUUGUGGAGGAAGGGGCAUGGUACUUUGUUCCCACGCGUCGCAGCUAUUGCGUGAGACGAAAAUCACGAAAAUGGUGGAGAUGUAUCUCCAGAUUUCUCCUGACGCAGUACACCACCCGCCUGUCCCCUUCCGGCGCAACUAACGGAGGGAUCUGUCCUUGGACUCGUGCUGCGGAGGAACACGCGGUGUGUUGGUGUUUUGGACAUGCACGCAGAAACGAUUCUGGUCAUACUCGCGUCGUUCGGGUACUGCUGUGAACAAGUGCGAACGGUAUUAGACGAAGCGUUCUAUUGCGAAGCGGCAGUAAAUAGUAUUUCCUACAGUAGUAGGUGGGAUCGGUGUUGACUUGUUUGUCGAUUCAACCUUUGUCCCACAAGAUCUGUCUGUCCGAGUGGCUUGCGGAAUGUAUGUUUGGGUCGUUGUCCAAGCUUCCCACCGCUCGUGUGAUCGGUGGAAAGUUGUUUGUUUCUAGUGCUAUCUCGACUGCUGUCCCGUGUAAUUUUUUGCGGCGGAAUAAUCUCCUACGGGAUAUUGUACCGUGUGGGUGCAAAUCGUCUUGGCUCCG